AUGAGUCUCGUCGACGUCUACUACGCCAAUGUGUACAACGCCUCUCUUUUGCUGCACAAGCGACUGUUCCUUGAAGCGAUAGCAGCGGGUACUGCUCGUCAUCAUGUCGUCCUCAGCGUUUGCGCUUGGGCUUUAAAGUGGGACAAGAGGAUCCCCAUCCAUUAUGAAACCGCGGGAGCAUUGUUCUGA